GCGGGCAGGGCUGGAGCGCCGCGGGUCACGCGAGGAGUACCUCCGCCCUCCACCCGGCGGCGCUCGGGGACGGACGAGUGAGCCGCCCAGGCCCGGCCGCUACCGGUGUCCGCUCGGUCCGCGCAGAGCCGCCCUCGGGAGCCCGGGUCGCCGACAUGCUGGGCGCCUGGCUGCGGGACCCGUCCACGCUGCUGGCCAUCACGGUCAUUGGGGUUACAGUGAUCCUGUUUGCCCUGAAGAGCAUGAACACGCGGAGGAAAGACCUCAUCACCUUAAAGGAUCCUGACUCCAAGUACCCGCUGCCCCUGAUUGAGAAAGAGCAAAUCAACCACAACACCCGGAGGUUCCGCUUUGGACUGCCCUCACUGGACCAUGUCUUAGGGCUUCCUGUAGGGAACUAUAUCCACCUCUUGGCCAAAAUUAAUGGUGACUUGGUGAUCAGGGCAUACACACCUGUCUCCAGUGAUGAUGACCGAGGCUUUGUGGACUUAAUCAUAAAGAUCUACUUCAAAAACGUACACCCUAAGUAUCCCGAAGGGGGGAAGAUGACUCAGUACUUGGAGAACAUGCAAAUUGGAGACACCAUCCUUUUUCGAGGGCCGACUGGGCAACUGUUCUACCAAGGGCCAGGGAGAAUUGCAAUCAAACCGCACAAAACAAGCCCGUCUGAAAAAAAACUAGUUCAGCACCUGGGAAUGAUUGCUGGAGGCACAGGCAUUACGCCCAUGCUGCAGCUCAUCCGCCACAUCACCAAGAACCCCAAUGACAGGACCCGAAUGUCCCUCCUGUUUGCCAACCAGACAGAGGAGGAUAUCCUGAUGAGAAAGGAGCUUGAAGGAAUUGCCAGUACUCAUCCAGAGCAGUUCAGUGUGUGGUACACUCUGGACAGGCCUCCCUCAGGCUGGAAUUACAGCUCUGGCUUUGUGACUGCCGACAUGAUCAGGGAGCACCUCCCUCCGCCUGGGAAGGCCACACUAAUCCUGGUGUGUGGGCCCCAGGCUCUGGUCCACAAAGUUGCCCACCCAAGCCUGGGAAAGCUGGGUUAUACGAAGGACAUGAUUUUCACCUACUAACACCUCUUGCGCUCUUCACAAGUUCCCAGGGUCUGUUCUGUUUCAGAGUGAAUUUCGUUUCACCAGGUUAAACUGAGAUGUUUGCAAAAGUGUCUUCUGACGCCUCCCCGGGAAGGCACGCUAGGCACCACUCUGUUGAGUGUGGACUGAAGAAGGCGUGGAGGCACCAGGAGAAAGGGCUUCUGAGGCCCGGCAGCUUGAAGGGUGGGAAAAGCUCCAUUAUUGUACCUUUCUCCAUAGUUCAGUGAAAUAAAUUUAAGUUCUUAGUAGACAGCUCAGGACAUGUGGCUCUGUGGGCCCUGCUGAGGUCAGGAGCCCAUCGUGCUGUACUUGACAGUUGGCUUCUGUGUCAUGGAGGUGGUCAGAAUAGGCCACACUGGCCAUGGUGCCAGAGCAGGAUCCAGGUGGGGUCGCAUCAACUGCCACUACCCUCUCUCUUGAACCCCUCUCCAGACAGCUCUGCUUUUAAAGCCAAACCUACAAGAGUCCUCAGGCCCCCUCCAUGUAUAGUCUUUCUUCUUUGUGGGAUUCCUUGAAAUGGGAAUGGGAAGGUGGCUCUGGGGACUCCUUCUAGACCCUCCUCAGUUGUAUACAGCAGAUGGAAGCAUGGAGUGCUUUUCUUCCCAGCAUCCUCCUGGCCCCAUCCCGGUAUUAGGCUAGAAGUGGUUCUAAUCAGAAGCAUCUCAACUUAACAUACAGCUCCCAGAAGCUCUGCCUUAGACCCUAUCAACUGAACUCAAGUUAUAAGAUACAAGGCCCCACUGUCACCAUCUUCAGGGCCAGGACAACAUAUCACUGCUUGGUUACCUGAGUGGGUAUGGCCAUUUUUGCAGAUUUCAUAUAAUUCUCAGAAUAGACCAGCAACCCUGUGAGGAUUUUGUGCUUCAUGGUACACAUGAGGAGCAAACUCAGACAUUCGGCCACUGGGUAUCAGAGCUGGUGUUGUGAAGUCAUUCCGCCACUGGGUGUCAGAGCUGGUUUUAAAUUCUAAGUUACUCACCCCCCCCCUUUUCACGAAAGCUGGCAUAACAGCAGCAGUGUUUCAACUUGGUGCCACUGGUGUGUGUGUGUGUGUGUGUGUGUGUGUGUGUGUGUGUGUGAAGCAGAGUAGGAAGGGACAAAAGGAGCUGAAGAGAUGGGCACAUGACUCCAUGGCUCCAGGGCGCUCUGCAGCACAGCUCCAACUUGAGGUCUUGCCCACAGGUGGCCAAUGAUGGUCUCAUAGGACUGGGGUGUGGGGCAGCCAGGGACGGUGUGGCCAGCUUGCCUGCACCCACCUGUUCAGCACAUCCACAAGGAAUUCCCCGCUCUGCUGGGCAUGAGCAAGAUCCUGCCCUCAGAUACUUUACAAAGAUGCAGAUCUGGCCAUGCAUUUUACCCUUCAUUGCUUUUGUUCUGGUCCCCACCCCCAGCUACUUCCUGCCUCUGGGACCUACUCCAGGGGCCUGGCUUGUGAGAUCUUUCUUGAUUGGAAGCCUGACCAGAUCAGUUUUCCUCCCCUGAGCCUCCCAUUGUGACCUCAGUCUCUACCCCAGUGGCUCUCAAAAGGGGGCAAAUUUGCCCCUCAGGGAAUAUUUGACAAAAAGUCUGGGCUCAUUUCAGUUGUCACUACUGGAGGAGGGGUGCUACUCACACCUGGAGUGUGGAGGCCAACCAUGCUAGUCAACAGGACCUUGAUCCAGAAGCAGAUGGGGGCUGGGAGUUGGGCCUGUUUCUCUCUGUACAGCCUACUACAGUCAGUAGUGGGUGCUCAGCGGGUUUGUGCUCAGGGAGAAUAUAUGAUAGGACAACACAAAUUCAAGGCUUUUCAGAGUUCGGAGAACACAGCAGUGGGGCAGUUGAACUCUGGUUAGAAAAGGAAUGAAGGUUCCCUGAGAGACAUGGAAGAGGCAGUGCCUGUGCUGAGCCUUAACAGGUGGGAUUGGGCUUCAUGAAGGGGACUGGGGGAAAUGACGUCACUGGGAGGGCGGGGCUGGAGCUGAGGCCUGAAGGGAGCAAAGGCCAAACACUGAGCUCAAAAAGGCUGAGGACAGUGAAGGGCCUGGGUGGCCAUCUGUGAGGGCGCUGUAACUGAACUCUGACCAGAAUGGGGCCAGGCAUGACAGGAUUAAGACUGUGCUUUGUGAAGGAAGCCUUAAGAGCACGGAGGAGAAUUGAGGGGACCAGUUGGAAGAGUGAGGGACCUAAGAAAAGACCAGCUUCGGGAACCAGAUGAGAGACAAAGCUGGAACUACAGUAGCCAGGCAGUGGGAGGAAGGAGGCACACUGAGGACUCGGGCGCCUCUCUCCCAGGUGGGAGAGAGCACAAAGCAGGCUUGAGUGGGAAAAUGUCAAAUUGUGGCGAGUUGGUGCCCAAGGGUCUUC